UGUCAGUCCAGCGCAUCCUCGGGUGCUGGAACAACCUGCUGCGAAGGACCUGCAAGCCCGUGUGCGUUGGCGAUGGUAAUUUGCAGAUGGUUCCUGGCGGCGCCAGGGUCUCCGAGGCGGAGCCUGGAUCUUUGCAGAGGCUGAUACAGCCCGGGUUCCCCCGCUGUCUGAACAGCCUUGGGGCGGGGCCGAGCUUGGCUCCGGCUGGGGAGGAGCCGGAACGCCGCUCCCGCGGUGAUGCGGAGGGGAAUUUGCCGACAGUCCCUGGGCGACGGGGCCGGCUGUGCCAGGCUGGCGCGGAGGAGGGGACCGGCCGACCAUCUCCUCCCAGAGCUUUGGAGCAGCCACCCUUGUGGCCGGGAAUUGAGUGGAGACACAGCUGGGCCACUCAGAGGCAGCGUUUCCUGGGGCCUGAUCAAGAGGAGGAAGGCCUGGUGACCGCCCAUCAGUCCGAGCCCCGGCCGCACCUGCUGCACCAGCAACCCGGUCACUGAGUGGAGCCUGGCUGGAACCUUCCAAGAACUGACUUGGGCUUCUGUGUUUUGCAAAGUGAGAGGGCGUCCUGAUGGCGGACCUGGACGCCACUCUGUUCACCAGGGAGACUCCCAGGAUGUCUGCCUCCCCGGACAACCUGAGCAUGGAGAGACGGCUGCACAACAUGACGGUGGACGACUGCUUCCAGUCUCGCAGCACCGUCCUCCAGGGGCAGCCCUUCGGGGGCAUCCCCACCGUGCUGCUCAUCAACAUCGUCUCGUGGCUGCUCGUCAUUGUGGUGUACUCCUUCCUUCGGAAAGCCGCGUGGGACUACGGGCGCCUGGCUCUGCUGAUCCACAAUGACAGCCUGACCUCGCUAAUCUAUGGGGAGCAGAGCGAGAAGUCUUCUCCCUCGGAGAUCUCCUUGGAGAUGGAACGCAAGGACAAGGGCUUCUGUUCCUGGUUCUUCAACAGCAUCACCAUGAAGGACCGGGAUCUGAUCAGCAAGUGUGGGGACGACGCCCGCAUCUACAUCACGUUCCAGUACCACCUCAUCGUCUACAUGCUCAUUCUCUGUAUCCCCUCACUGGGAGUCAUUUUGCCCAUCAACUACAGUGGAAAUGUUCUGGACUGGAAUAGUCACUUUGGCCGGACCACCAUUGUCAAUGUGCCCACAGAGAGCAAGCUCCUCUGGCUGCACAGCCUCUUCGCUUUCCUGUAUUUCAUCCUCAACUUCGUGUUCAUGGCUCGUCACUGCAUGGGGUUUGUACCCAGGGCAAGCCAAAAGGCCACAAGGACGCUGAUGAUCACCUACGUGCCCACGGACAUCCAGGACCCCGAGAUCAUCAUUAAGCACUUCCAUGAGGCCUAUCCAGGGUGCGUGGUGACCAGAGUCCACUUCUGCUACGACGUCAGGACGCUCAUUGACUUGGACGAUCAGAGGCGCCACGCCAUGCGGGGCCGGCUCUACUACACGGCCAAGGCCAAGAAGACCGGGAAGGUGAUGAUCCGCAUCCACCCCUGCUCCCGCCUGUGCUUCUGCAAGUGCUGCACCUGCUUCAAAGAGGUAGAUGCAGAGCAGUACUACAGCGAGCUGGAGGAGCAGCUGACGGACGAGUUCAAUGCCGAGCUCAACCGCGUCCGGCUGAAGCGGCUGGACUUGAUCUUCGUCACCUUCCAUGACUUCAGGAUGGCCAAGCGCGUCUUGGAAGAUUACAAGUACGUGCAGUGUGCCGUGGCCCCCCAGCAGUCCUCCGUGACCAACACCGUCAGAUCCUACCAGUGGAGGGUCACCCAGGCCCCGCACCCUAGAGACAUUAUCUGGAAGCACCUGUCUGUCCGACGCUUCUAUUGGUGGGCCCGCUUUAUCGCAAUCAACACCUUCCUCUUCUUCCUUUUCUUCUUCCUCACCACGCCUGCCAUCAUCAUCAACACCAUCGACAUGUACAACGUCACCCGCCCCAUCGAGAAGCUGCAGAGCCCCAUCGUGACCCAGUUCUUCCCCUCCCUGAUGCUCUGGGCCUUCACGGUGAUAAUGCCUCUGAUCGUCUACCUCUCUGCCUUCCUCGAGGCCCACUGGACCAGAUCGAGUCAGAACCUGAUCAUAGUGCACAAGUGCUACAUCUUUCUGGUCUUCAUGGUAGUCAUUCUGCCCUCGAUGGGGCUGACCAGUCUGGAUGUCUUCUUCCGCUGGCUCUUUGACAUCUACUACCUGGAGCAGGCAUCCAUCAGGUUCCAGUGUGUGUUCCUGCCAGACAACGGCGCCUUCUUCGUCAACUACGUGAUCACGGCCGCACUGCUCGGCACGGGCAUGGAGCUGAUGCGCAUGGGUUCCCUCUUCCUGUACUGCACCCGCCUGUUCUUUUCCAGAUCGGAGCCCGAGAGAGCCCACAUCAGAAAGAGCCAGGCCAUAGACUUCCAGUACGGGCGAGAGUACGCGUGGAUGUUGAAUGUCUUCAGCGUGGUCAUGGCGUACAGCAUCACUUGCCCUAUCAUUGUCCCCUUUGGGCUCCUCUACCUGGGCAUGAAGCACCUCACGGACCGCUACAACAUGUACUACUCCUACGCGCCCACCAAGCUGAACGAGCAGAUCCACAUGGCCGCCGUCCACCAGGCCAUCUUCGCGCCGCUCCUCUGCCUCUUCUGGAUGCUCUUCUUCUCCAUCCUGCGCUUAGGGUCACUACACGCCAUCACCAUCUUUUCCCUGGCCACCCUGAUCGUUUCCAUGAUAAUUGCCUUUUCCGGCAUUUUCCUGGGGAAGCUUCGGAAAGACACCGACUACGAGGCUGAGGAGACGGAGACUGUGUUUGACUUGGAGCCGAGCAGCACCUCGUCCACGCCCACCUCCCUGCUGUACGUGGCCACGGUGCUGCAAGAGCCGGAAAUGAACUUGACCCCCGCCUCCUCCCCAGCCCGGCACACCUAUGGUACCAUGAACAGUCAGCCAGAAGAAGAAGAAGAGAGUGGGCUGAGGGGCUUUGCGGGGGAGUUGGACUCGGCCCAGUUCCAGGAAGGGCUGGAACUGGAGGGCCAGAGCCAGUACCACUGAUGAGGACCCGAGGCCUCCACCUGGCCACUCCAGUUGGGGGACCAGGGGACGGCCUGACCGAGGGAGGAAGGAGGGUGGCCCGGACCUCCCCGCUAGCUCCUGCAGACUUUGGGAAGCCCCCGAUGGAGACAUCUGCCACCCCAGCCACGGCCACCAGGAGGCCACAACCUGCUGAGCAACUUGAACCAGAGGUGCCAAGGGCCCACCCCGCCCUGGGGUCGGGAAGGGAUGGAGAGAGGCGGCUGAAGCCCGGGGCACAGAGACUAAAUGCUGGGUCAAGCUGCAGAAGGCCUGAGCAAGACAGGAGGCAGCCGAGGGAAGGCUCUCUGGGGUCACCCCUGCGCCAGCUGUUCCUCACUGCCGCCCCGAGGAGGAAGGGCAUGGGAGUUCCUUGUCACAGGCGUUCCCGCAGGGAGCCUGUAGGCGGUCUCUGCUCCCCAUGCAAGGGGCAGCUGAGCCCACAGGCGUGACGAGAGGCCACUGGGCCCCUUCCUGGUCCUCGGCCCCUCCUCAAGAUUCCCCAGAAGCUGCGGGGCGGGGCCCUUCUCCGUUCCACUCUUGCGAGGGCAGCUGGAGCCUGGCUGCUCGGGGCCCAUUAAACGAGACCUGUGUGCAUUCUGA